AAUUUAUGAAAUAGUAUCUGAUAUUUUUCGUUAUCAACAGGUAUCGGGUAACUUUAUUCAUUAAAGAAUUACUUAGUAUGUUUUUUAUUUAUAAUAAGAUUUGAACUCGUAAUCUCAGCUUCUUAAGUUACUUCAUUUACGCCUAAUCAUAGUUAGUUUCUUAAUCAUGGUUACUUCCCCUCACUUCAUCCAAUAAACCUCCACAUUUCUCCACAUCCCUUACCCCACGUUCCUUUCAUCACUAUAUAUCCCUCUCCCUUUCCCACUCCCUUCUACUUUCAACUCUCUUUCAUCACUUCCCUUCUAAAUACAAUAUUCUUCAUUUCCUUUCUUCCAGGCCAUUAAGCGUGAUAUUCUAAGUUUUGUUCAUUCAUAACUAAUAACUCGAAGAAGUUUAGGUGUACGUUUUCCCAUCAUGAGUUGCAACGGCUGUCGAAUUCUCCGGAAAGGUUGCAAUGAGAAUUGCAUACUCAGACAAAGUUUACAGGGCAUUGAAAACCCUCAUGCUCAAGCUAAUGCCACUGUAUUUGUAGCCAAAUUCUUCGGCCGUGCUGGCCUCAUGUCUUUCCUCUCCUCCGUCCCGGAAUCUCAACGACCAGCUUUAUUUCAGUCGCUGUUGUUUGAAGCGUGUGGAAGGACGGUGAAUCCGGUGCACGGUGCGGUAGGAUUACUGUGGACGAGUAACUGGCACGUGUGCCAGUCGGCAGUAGAAACGGUGCUUAAAGGAGGCGUAUUACGGCCGUUGCCGGAGUUUUCAGGUGUAGCAACUUCUCCAGCGGAGUUUUAUUCAGCUUCCGAAGCAAACGACGUUGAUCUGUUUAGAUCGCAAAGCUCCAACUUCAAAUCUAAGAGGAAAGUUAUGGAUGAGAUAGCGGAAGAUCUAGAUCUCGGAUUAUCGCCAAGGACGAUGGUGGCUGCCGGCGGUAAACUGAGCCGGCGAACGGAGAAACGAAGGGCGGCGACGCCUUCACUGAAUUCAGAUGAAUCUGAUACGACGACGUUGGAGAGUGGUUUUAUGUAUCAGCAAAAUCCACAACAAGGAAAUGAAACGAAGCUUCUUAGAUUGUUCUUUUGAAGAUUGAUUCAGCUUUUGCUAUGGCCUACUUACAAGUUACCAGCUAUUACUGAUUAACUGAAGCUGAGCUUUGCCCUUUUUGUUAUUAAAAGUGUUACUAUGUUAAAGUUAAACUUAGUUUAGUGAUAAGUCUUUUUUGGUAACUUAAGGAAUUGAAAUGCUUCCAUGGCAAUGGAUUUCUCUAUAAUGAAAUUUUGUGGGAAAGAUGAGAGUUGCCUCUUUUCUUUUUUCUACUUUUUGUUCCAAGUCACUGAUUAUUGUGACUGGUAAUAAAAGUCAAAUUUUCACA